CAAUGACGUUUUAUGACGCGCUCGUAGUUCUUCCGGGUCAGUACUCUUUCCGGCAUGCUUUCGGAGUUGUUUUUUUUACCCAGCUAACAUGUGUAACUCACAUUUGAAAAUAUGAGUUCUCAGAAAGGUAACGUAACGCGGUCGCGAAGCCAGAAACAUCAAAACAACUCUGCCUUCAGAAACGACAAGUACGGAGCGACAGUACAAGUGAAGAAGGCAAAUUCAAAGAUCCACGAUGGGCUCUGUCAACACUGUAAGGGGGUUCUUGAGUGGAAAGUAAAGUACAAAAAGUAUAAGACUCUGACACAGCCUAAAAAGUGUGUAAAGUGUUCUCAAAAGACAGUGAAGGAUGCCUAUCACAUCAUUUGUAAGCCCUGCUCUCUUCAACUAGAGAUUUGCUGCAAGUGUGGAAAGAAAGAAGAAAUUGUUAUACCAUUAAACUCACACGAAGACCAAGAGGAUGAUGAUGAGCAGAAAAAGAAAGGAAGGAGAAGAGCGAAGAAGGACGUAGAUGAUUUGGACAGUGAUGAUGAUUAUAGUGAUGAUUUAAGUGACCUAAGAGAUGAUGAUGAUGAUGGUGAUAAGAGAGCUGAUUUGGAUAGUGACUCAGAACCAAAAAAGCAACAGAACGGGUCUGAUGUGCUUCCAGAUGUAUCCAAAGUCAGUUUUAAAGACUAAAACUCUUCUUGUUAGACCUUUUUUUUUUCAUUAAUGCAAAACUAGAGUUCUAAAAUACAGUAUGAUGUUUAUGACUUUUUCAUAUUCCAAUUAAGUACUGCAAAUCAAGAAAUGCUGUUUGAUGCGGCGCAUGGAGUACGAGUGAAUGUAACGCUGGGAGGUUUAGUGAACACAAUGACUUAUUGUAUACUGCACGUUGAAAAAACUAUUCUCACCAAACGCCGCCUGGAUAUAUAUUCUUUUCUUUCCUGUAAUAAAAACCUGUACAGUUUGUCUAAGCUACAGAUUCUUAUGACAAUAACAAGAAUAAUAGUGGCCUUGAAGCAUCAGUGGCUCUGAAAGCAGAAGCAGAAGUAGAGGUUUCCUGUCAACAUCAGGAACUGAUUCCGAAGUAAUCGCCCGGUUGUGCACAAUCCGAUUUAGUAUUUCCACUCAGUUGCAUUUUUAUUUUGUCCACUUAUCUGGAAAAUCCAGUUCACAACUAAAACUUUUGACAAAAAUGUUUAGGUUUUAGGAAUUUAUACCUGUGUAUUCCAAUUUAAUAUGUCUAACCUUUAACUUGCAUGUUAGUUCACUACUGUUCAACUGAGAUGAAAGUCAAGGAGAAAAACAAUGUCUAUUCAGAGAUGGAUGAUCAAUUAAAUAAAUCUGUGCAUGGAAUAACAAAGAUUCAGUAUUAAGGAAAAGAAAACCCUGGUUACAUGAGGGUUUAUAAAUUCAAACCAGUGUGGCAGUAUUUCAAACCCUACUUUGUUGUUGGUGUUAUUACAUAUAACCAGCAGUAACUGAACUGGAAAGCUAAUAAUUGUAUGAUCAGCUUUUAAAAAAAAGAGACAUUUUUUCACCCAAGUCUAUGUGUCAAUUGGCCUGUACUCACAUACCUAUGACAUAAGUUCACCCCAAUGUUUCCGUCAAGUGUAUCUCUAAUAUUUACAAAAUAUUGUUACCGUUACUACUGGUAUGAUAUUUGCUAGUUAUUAUUUAUGAGAACCUAUGCCAAACAUUGCUAAAGUAUACAGAGAAUGAGACACAAUUGUAUGUUGACUUGAAGCCAUGUUGACUGGCAUUGAAAAGAAUAUUGCUGAGUUUGCAUUAUUAACAAAUUUCAGAAGUUUUAUAGGAAGUACAAUUCCUUGUUCAUGUACCCCAGUUCAUGUUUUAACAUAAAUCUGAUGAUACUUGAA